CACUGUUACUGGAGCUGUCAGCUCGGCUCCGGGAAGGUUUCCUCCGCUCACCCAGUCCAGUCUUCGUCUACAAACCGACGGACUGACUGCAACUAGCGGCAGGCAGGCAGGCAGGCUUGUCUUGCCUUUUGUUAGCUAUAGCUUGGAAAGCACCAAGAAAAGACAGAGCCGCAUCCAUGCAGUAGAACACUUUUUUUUUGGAAAAUGAUCAUCUGUACGAAUAAAAUGGAGUACCCCCUAAUAACCCAGUGCCAGCGAGUCCACAAACAGGUGAUGGUGAACAGUGAGAAGGAGCGAGUGUCGCUGCUGUUCAUGAAGGGUCUGGUCAGCAGGGGGAGCGUGGAUGCCGUGUCCCAGCAGAUGGCCUCUCACCCUCAGUACUUGGAGAGCUUCCUGCGCACACAGCACUACAUCCUGCACAUGGACGGCCCCCUGCCGCUGCCGUACCGCCAUUACAUCGCCAUCAUGGCUGCGGCACGUCAUCACUGCAACUACCUGGUGUACCUGCACUCAGCUCAGUUUCUGAGGGUGGGCGGGGACCCUCUGUGGUUGCAGGGUUUGGAGGCAGCGCCCCCUCGCCUUCGUCUCCUUGACCACAUCAACAAGGUGCUGGCCCAUCAACCCUGGCUCACUGCCUGCUCUCACAUCCAGACGCUGCUGAAGUCGGGUGAGCAGUGCUGGUCGCUGGCUGAACUGGUGCAGGCCGUGGUGAUCCUGGCCCACUGCCACUCCCUCUGCAGCUUUGUGUUUGGAUGCGACACAGACUUAGACUUUGUCCCUCUCUCCAAAUCUCCUAACGGUACCCCGCCGACCUUCUGCCCCUUUGAUGCUGCCAACGGCAACACCAACGUGCCUCAGUCGCUCGCCACUCCCUCCGAACACAAAACAAGAAGACGGUCUCUGGACAGUUGUGACAUGGUGUGUCUUAAGGAGAGGAUUCAGAAGUCCCAGGAGGAGCGUGAGAAGAGAGAAGAGCGUCUGCUGCAGACACAAACACUCCAGCAAACAGAUAUGGAAGAAGAGGAGGAAAUGAUGUGCUUCACAGACCCGACGCGCUUUAUCACAGACCCUGACUUAUGCUAUCAGGAGUUUGCUCGUAGGGAGGAGGACCACUUUCAAGUAUUUAGAGUUCAGGACUAUUCAUGGGAGGAUCACGGCUUCUCCUUAGUCAACAGGUUAUAUUCGGACAUCGGGCACCUCUUGGACGACAGAUUCAGGAGUGUGACGACCCUCCCUCGAAUGCACAGCCCCGACCUGAAGAGGGCGAUCUGGAAUUACAUCCAUUGUGUGUUAGGAAUACGGUAUGAUGAUUAUGACUACGGAGAAGUGAACCAGUUGCUGGAGCGGGAUUUGAAGUUGUACAUCAAGGCUGUGGCCUGUUUUCCAGAUGCCACCAAAACUCCAGUGUGUCCACUGAGUCUGGCUCCACUUAAAGCUUCAGAUCGGAUACACGUUAAUUUACUAAUCAUGGAGGCCCGGCUGCAGGCUGAGCUGCUAUACGCUCUGAGAGCCAUCACUCAAUACAUGAUAUAAGUGCUCGGAGAGGCACAAAGUUAAAACUCUCCGCCGGUACAGAGAGACGCAGAGACGCCAGGAUAAAGAAAUCUCAACAGCAGACAGUGAAGUGGGACGAGAGCGGCACUUUUAAGGACACGGAGCUCUAUCGUUUUGUAGCUGCGCCUUUAUGAAAGUGCUUUUCUUUUUCUCAGAUUUAAUGUAUUUAUACCAUAGUGUGCCACGCCCCCCUCCUCCUGCAGAUUCUCCUGUUGUGAAGUCCUCUUAUCAAACAUCUCGGCUCUCAAACGUUAUGUGCAAUUAUUACUAGAGUUGGUUUCAUUUUGACCUGUUUUGUGUUCGCGCUCAGUCUGUAAGAAACUGUUGGGUUGUCGCAGUGUGUUACAAUGGCUAACACUCUUAGUUUGGUCAGUCUCCUUUUGUAUUAACUAUGCUUUCCCCCCAAAAAAUAUCUUUUUGUACAAGUUGAAUGUUAAUGGGAGACCAGGUUAUUUUUUUGACAAUCCUCGUCAAGUGUUGGAGGAGGACGUCAAGUGGACCGUGAAGGACGACCGCUUUGCUCUCCCUAACAUUUCAUAUUAAUGCUGGUCAAGAACAAACCGUGACACUGCUGGAAGUUAUCACAUCACUAUAGUUUCUUUUAAUAAGCACUUUUUUAAACUUUAUAUAUUUAUAAUGCAAGGUAGCUCAUUAGUAGACAUUGAGACGCACAGUGUAUGGGUCUGACGCCUUUCUUCUCCACUGUAUGACAUGUAACGAAGAUUUUUAGACUUUGUCCUCAAGCUUUUAGACUUUGCUUUUGUUCUCAACCCCAGAUUUCAGUGAACUAUUGCUCUUCUUGUUACGUUCAGGUCAGUGCUGAAUGAUGUUUUUUUAAAACACAAUUUCAGCUGAUGAUAAGAAAAUGUGUAACUAAACUUAUGAAGUCAGUGAAGAUGAAGCUGAACCAUUUGCUUAAAGAUUGUUGUGUUUUAAGGGCUUCAGAAAUGAUCAAAUCAGAGACUGAAUUUCAGACCAAAUGUCAUUAAAAUAACAGUAAAGUAAUGAAUUGGAUAUAUGAAAAAUGCCCUGUAGAUCUGCACUGGUCUUGAGUUGAGUUCAGAUUUUUUGCUCAAAGCUUUUGUUUUUGUGAGCUGUAUCAAAGCUGAUUAUCAAGUCAAAAUCCACGGUACAAUUUGCAAAGCAGAACAAUGUGCAAACUAGUUGUUAAAACAUUUGUAUCUUUUUUUCUGUCUUUGUUAUUUUUUAUAGUUUUUGUAAACUAUAGAGUACUUUUUUUGUUUUGUUUCUGGGUGUGACGGUAGGACCUGCUUGUUGUGCUGCAGCCUGGGUAGAUGUAGAGGUUUGACACACUUUAGAGUUAAUAGCUGCAGGAUGUAGAAAAGAAACCUGUGCAUAUCGAGCAUGUAAAGCAAAAGCGCCGUUAACACAGGUGCCUUCAGGCUACAACUGGAGUGCUGCUGAAGUGGAGGGAUGUGACUACUGGAGGCUGAAUGUGGGCUUUGAUUGCAGCUGGAAAAAACCCCCAAGUGACGAGUUUAAAACUUGUCUUCUCCCGCAUGAAUGGUUUUUUCUGUUGGUCAGCAGCGUUUCCUAUAAACAUUGUGAACGCCCGUGUUUUCUAUCAGACAGAUAGAAGCCCCAGCACCUCGGCAAAGAGCCUUUGACACAGAUGGAUGUUAAAAUUGUUCAACUUGAGCAGAUUUAAAAAAAAAAAAAAGAAAGAAAAGAAACUUUAAAAAAAAAAGAGAACAAGUGAAAAAGCAAAAAAAUGUUUUGAAAAUGUGAAGAAAUGUUUUCUAUAAAGACGCUCUAUGAAAAUAA